AUGGUACACGUCGUGUCUAAUCGCAACUAUGACACGACAUUUAAGAAGCCUCGUUGUCCAUAUGAGAAGGAGCGUUUGGAUGCUGAGCUAAAGCUGGUGGGAGAGUACGGGCUGCGUUGCAAGAGAGAGCUUUGGGGGGUUCAGUUUGCCCUGAGCCGAAUCCGUAACAAUGCAAGGAUGCUUCUGACCCUUGACGAGAAGAACCCUCGUCGGAUCUUUGAGGGUGAGGCAAUGCUGAGGAGGAUGAACCGAUAUGGGCUCUUGGACGAGGGUCAGAACAAGCUGGAUUAUGUUUUGGCUUUGACUGUGGAGGACUUCCUUGAGCGUCGACUACAGACAGUUUAG